AUGCUGAAGCGCUGCGGCCGCCGCCUGCUGCUGGCGCUGGCGGGGGCGCUGCUCGCCUGCCUGCUGGUGCUCACGGCCGACCCGCCGCCGCCGCCGCCCGCCGAGCGCGGCCGCCGCGCGCUGCGCAGCCUGGCGGGCCCCGCGGGGGCGGCGCGGGCGCCGGGGCCGGGCGAGGGCAGCCUGGCCGAGGUGCGGAGCCUGUCCGAGUACUUCGGCCGGCUCACCCGCGCGCGCAGGGACGCGGGCCCGCCGCCCGGGGGCGCCGCCCGCCCCCCGCGGCCCCCGGCCGAGCGGCUGGCGCCCCGCGACGUCUUCAUCGCCGUGAAGACCACCCGGAAGUUCCACCGCGCGCGCCUCGACCUGCUGCUGGACACCUGGGUCUCCCGCCACCCGGACAUGACGUUCAUCUUCACCGACGGGGAGGACGAGGCCCUGGCCCAGCGCGUGGGCACCGUCAUCAACACCAACUGCUCGGCCGCCCACAGCCGCCAGGCCCUGUCCUGCAAGAUGGCGGUGGAGUACGACCAUUUCAUCGCGUCCGGGAGGAAGUGGUUCUGCCACGUGGACGAUGACAACUACGUGAACGUGGGGGCGCUGCUGGGCCUGCUGGCCGGCUUCCCGCACACCCAGGACGUGUACAUUGGCAAGCCCAGCCUGGACCGGCCCAUCCAGGCCACCGAGAGGCUCAGCGACAACACGAUGCGCCCCGUCCACUUCUGGUUUGCUACGGGCGGCGCCGGCUUCUGCAUCAGCCGAGGGCUGGCCCUGAAGAUGAGCCCGUGGGCCAGCGGCGGCCGCUUUGUGAGCACGGCGGAGCGCAUCCGGCUGCCGGACGACUGCGCGGUGGGCUACAUCGCGGAGACGCUGCUGGGCGUGCGGCUCACCCGCAGCAGCCUCUUCCACUCGCACCUGGAGAGCCUGCAGCAGGUGCCGGCCGCCCGGCUGCACGAGCAGGUCACCCUGAGCUACGGGACCUUCGAGAACAAGCGGAACACCGUCCACAUUAAGGGGCCCUUCUCGGUGGAGGCCGACCCUUCCAGGUUCCGCUCCAUCCACUGCCGCCUGUACCCCGACACGCCCUGGUGCCCCCACACUGCUGGAUUCUAG